CUGGAUUCUGAGAGGAAUUAUCUGCACCAAGAUAGAGAAGAUCAACGGUCACUUGAAGAACAAAGUGAGGGUCUGAAUCUGGAUUCUGAGAGGAAUUAUCUGCACCAAGAUAGAGAAGAUCAACGGUCACUUGAAGAACAAAGUGAAGGCACUACAACAAGUACUAUCAACACUUUCAUCACCAAGCUUUGGACCAAACCAUUAAUAAUGGGAAUGAAGAGCAGUGGAGGAGGAGGAGGAGAGAUAGUACAAGUCGAAGGAGGCCACAUUCUCCGAUCCACCGGCAAGAAAGACCGGCACAGCAAGGUCUACACUGCAAAAGGUCCCAGAGACAGGAGGGUACGGUUAUCGGCUAACACUGCAAUUCAGUUCUACGAUGUGCAGGACCGGUUAGGCUAUGACCGGCCCAGCAAAGCCGUAGAUUGGCUCAUCAACAAGGCGAAAAACGCCAUUGACAAGCUCGCCGAGCUACCUCCAUGGAACCCAAAUGAUAUAACACCGACCCCCAAUGCAGACACUAACGCAGGCUCUAGUGGAAUGGCACAACCACAAUCUUAUUCCGAGAAUGAGUUGCAGCUUCACAGACAAUUGAGUGAGAACCCAAUUAACACUUCCCCAAAUCUACCCAUAUCAAUCGAUACAAUGAAAUUGUUUUUGCCCACAAGUUCUGGGACUUCAUCGAUGAAUUUUCACAACUACCCACAUGAUGUAAUGUCAAGAGCCACAAUCCAGACUGGAGAUCUCUGCCUCUCUCUCCACACUUUACAAGACCCCACUGCGAGCCACACAACUUCAGUUGAUCAGACCCUCUUUUCGGGUUCAGCUCCGGUGACUUUCGAGUCCAAUUAUCCGCGAAUGGUGGCUUGGAAUGACGGCUUCAAUUCUCACACAAUGCCACAACAGUCUUUGCUUUGUCAAAACUCAGCACCAUUUUCUCAAAGGAGAGCCCUUCAGUCCAGUUUUUGGCCCUCGUUUCGUGCUUGGGAUGACCCGCCAAUUGCCUCACCGGAGCAUCACAAUGCGCCGGAGAUAAACCAAUCUUCCAUCUCCAGCAACAGAUUUGCCUCAGAAGGGCAUUUUGGGUUUCAAGUUCCAGCACGAAUUCAUGGUGAUGAUGAGCCUUUCUGCGCUGCUUCUAAUUCUCACCAUUAAUGAAUAAGCAAGGACUCUACUACUUUGUCAUCCAUUUGGAUAUCAUAUAAAAACCACCAUGGCCAGAGACUAUAAAAUUCAAGGUGAUGACAGGAGACUAUGAGCAAUUCAUUGCGUCUACAAGAGGAGAAUAUAUAUACAUGGUUGAAUUGAAAACACCUAGUAGUUAACUCAAUUUCAGUGGCUAUUAUAUGCUCUAUAUUGAAAUUCUCUUGUUUGAUUGAGAUAUUAUUGAUUGUUUUUGAUAUUAUAAUUAGACUUCGGUUCUAAUUCCAUGGCAAGUGGCUUUGUUACUUUUCACUGAAAUACUCUUUU